AUGCCCGCCACCACAAGCAAGACCGCGCCGCAGAAGCAGGCCCCAAUGGAGAUGGGCGCCCGAGACGGGAUUGUCGUCGCCCAGCCCACCGCCGAGCCUCUCCCCAGCGCCGACCCGCAACUGUCCCUUCGUGGAGGCGAACUGAACUGCGGCUUCUCCUGUUGCGGCGGAUCCUGCCGUUUCCACAAGAGCUGCUGCUAG